UAAUAAGAUUUGUGCAUUUGUUUGUACACGUUUGAAAAACAAAAACUCUCGUGCAAAAAAUAUUUCGAUCGACUUUUUUAUCAGACGACGCAUUUAGGGUGUAAUGUUGACGUAUUUAUUAAAUAAUUUUUGUCUAUCUUAUCAAGCACAAAAAAAUCGUAUCUCAAUCAUAAACAAAAAUGCUCCCUACGUUGACAUAAAAAGAAGUUAAAUCAGUUUAAGUUUAAUCAUAAGCAAGUAAAGACACGCGUAGAUAUUUAAUCAACACAGAAUGGGAGCGGUAUGCUGUAAAUCAUGUCAAAAUUAUAACAGCAAUAAAGGAUUUAACGUUAACAAUGAGCUAAGACAAAGUCAGAGAAAUAACCUAUCGCCGCAUCGCUCAUCAUUAAUUACAUCAUCGAAUUCUCAAAUUUCAACGAUUCAAAGUGCUGUGGAAAUGAGUAGCCAAACGUUAAAUAUCAAGGACGAGACCGAAUCAAAUGAAAAUAGAGAAGUGGCGAUUUCAAAGGAACAAGAGGAAAGGGCGUACGAAGAAAAAGAUAAAGAAGAAAUAUUAGAGAAAAUCGUUUGUAAUGAAUCCGACCUUGAUGAUAACGAAAUGAACGAAAUAGACUUUGGUAAUGAUUGGAAAAUUUUGUUAAUUAAACAAAAUGGAAGAUUUUAUGCUACUGUUGCAAAGUGUGGUCAUUAUCACCAUGCAACGCAUCUUAUUUAUGGAACACUCGGAAUUAAGAGGAUCCGAUGUCCAUAUCAUGGAGAAUGUUUUAAUAUUGAGACGGGUGAAGUUGAAAACUUCCCUGGACUUGAUGCAGUUCCAAUAUAUAAAGUUAAAGUAGAAAAUGGAAAGGUCAAAAUUUCUGCAGAAAAAUCUUUGUUUGAGAAACAAAAAAUUGUAGUGCCAAUGGUUAAAUAUAACCCAACAAAUACUCAGACAUUUGUAAUAGUCGGAGGCGGAACGAGUGGACAAAUAUGUGCUGAAACAUUAAGACAAAAUGGUUUUACAGGAAGAAUAAUAAUGAUCUGUAAAGAAGCAUGUUUACCUUACGAUAGAUCAAGACUAAGUAAAUAUAUGAACAACCAAACGGAAGACAUUCAAUUACGUCCAAAAAGUUUUUAUGAUGAGAAUUCAAUAGAUGUAAUGUUGAAUGCUCAAGUCGUUGAAGUGCUUCCAGAAAAUAAGAAAUUAAAGCUUUCAAGUGGAAUUGAUGUUGAGUAUGAUAAGGUUUACAUUGCAACAGGCUCUCGACCUCGAAAACCAAAAAUUCCAGGAAUUAAUCUUAAGAGUAUUUACACAUUAAAGACAUUCGAUGAUGCCAUGAAUAUAAAUGCAAAAUUAAAGCCAACUAGUCAUGUUGUUAUUUAUGGUGCUGGAUUUAUUGGAAUGGAAGUCGCAGCUUAUUGUAUUGAUAAAGUUGCAAAAGUAACAAUUAUUGAUAAGAAUUCCGGUCCACUGGUUGAAACAUUCGGAAAAUCAAUUAGUCAAAAAAUCAUGGAACUGUUCAAGUCCAAAAAUAUUCAUUUAAUAAUGGAAUGUGAAAUAAGAAGCUUUGUCGGUAUAAAUCAAGAGGAAUACUUAAGUGCUAUUAAGUUAUCGAAUGGAGAUUUUCUGAAGGCUGAUAUUUGCAUUUUAGGACUAGGUACAAAAUUGAACACAAACUUUCUUCGAAACAGCGGAAUAUUAUUAAAUUCUAACGGUUCAAUAGAUGCAAACUUUCAUCUAGAAACAAACAUGCCCAGCAUCUAUGUAGGUGGUGAUAUUGCAAAUGUUCCUUCGUACUUAAAUAAUUUGCAUCGUGAAAAUGUACAAAAUUAUGGUGUGGCACAGUAUCAUGGGAAAAUUGCGGCAUUGAAUAUGAUUGGGAAGGCUAAUAAGGCAUUAACAAUACCCUUCAUUCAUACUUCAUUCUUCGGUCAUCAUCUUACUUACGUUGGAUAUAAAAAGGCUUCAAAGAUUUGCAUUGACGGUGCGGUUGAAGAACUGAAAUUUUCAGCUUUCUUUUUCGAUAAUGACGAUAAUGUUGUUGGAGUCUGUGCGACACAGCCAAACAAAAUAACCUCAGAUUAUGUUGAGAAAAUUACACAGGGUCAUAAAAUUGUCAAAAAGGAUCUGUAUCAACAUUUUGGUAUUAACAUUGAAUCAACAGAACCUUUCAUAAAGGAAGACGAAACAUUAGGUGAAGAUUAUAUUGAAGAGAAUGUCUGCGAUAUAAAUGACUUGGCCGAAAAUGAAAUGAAGGAAUUUGUCAUUGAUAAAGAUAAGACAAUUUUAUUAAUAAAACAGAAUGGAAAGUUUUAUGCAACUGGAAAUAAAUGUGGACAUUAUGGAGCGCCAUUAGUCAUGGGAUCAUUGGGACAUCAGAGAAUACGAUGCCCAUGGCACGGUGCAUGUUUUAAUCUUAAGACUGGUGACAUUGAAGAUUUUCCUGGUCUUGAUGCUAUUCCAUGCUAUAAAGUUAAAAUUGAGGAUAGACAAGUGAAAGUACGAGCUAAAAAGGCAGUUUUAGAUAAAGAGAAAGUCACAAUGCCAAUGGCAAGAUUUGACCCGAAAAAUGCACAGAUAUUCAUCAUAAUCGGUGGUGGUCCAAGUAGUCAAACAUGUGCUGAAGCCUUAAGACAGAAUGGCUUUAAAGGACGAAUUAUCAUGAUAUGUAAAGAGAAUUAUUUGCCUUACGAUCGAAUUAAAAUCAGUAAAUUUUUGGAUACCAAAAUAGAAGAUGUUCAGUUACGUCCGCGAAGUUUUUAUGAUGACAAUAACAUUGAGUUAAUGAUAAAUGUCGAAUCGACGGGUGUUGAUGGAAAAUUAAAGGAAAUUUCAUUAAGUUGUGGCAAUAAGCUUAAAUACGACAAACUUUAUAUUGCCACUGGUGCUCGAUCUCGAACAGUCGACAUUCCUGGAAUUAAUUUAAAAAAUAUCUUUACUCUGAGGACAUUCGAUGAUGCUGCAAACAUUAAUUCGAGUUUAAAAUCGACAAGCAACUUAGUAAUUUAUGGAUCGAGCUUUAUUGCAUUAGAAAUUGCGGCUUAUUGUGUAGAUAAAGUUGCGAAAGUGACAAUCGUUAGCAGAAGUGAGGUUCCAUUAAUGCAAUCAUUCGGAGAAGCUAUAGGCACUAGAAUUAUGAAAUUAUUUGAAUCAAAGAACGUGGACUUUAUAAUGGAAACAAAAAUUGAAAAAUUCUUAAGUAACUUUGACGAAAUAGAAAGCAUCGAGCUGUCAGAUGGAAAAAGAAUUUGGGCAGAUAUUUGUGUAAUAGCAAUUGGUUCAGAAUAUAAUACAGAGUUUCUACGUAACAGUGGGAUCAUUUUAAACGAAAAUGGUUCCAUUACUACAAAUUCGUAUCUUGAGACAAACAUUUCUGAUAUUUAUGUAGGUGGAGAUAUUGCCUGUAGCCCUGUUUUUAUGUACAAUGAUAAAUGUGCAACAGUGGAACAUUACGCAGUGGCGCAAUAUCAUGGAAAAAUAGCAGCUCUUAACAUGUUAGGCAUAAAAAGUGAAUUAAGAACUGUUCCAUACUUUUUCACAUUACUUUUUGGCUAUUGCAUAACUUACACUGGUUUUGGCAAAGGUACAUCCGAGAUAUUUAUCGAUGGUGACUUGGAAGAAUUUAAGUUUGCGGCAUUUUAUUUUGAUGAGGAACAAAUUGUCCUUGGAAUGUCAUCAUGUCAACCUGACAAAGGUAUUUCGGAUUUUGCUGAAAAAUUAGCUGAAGGAUAUCGUUAUCAUCGUGAUGAUAUUGAGUGGGCGAUUGAGUUGGAGGAAGAGGAAGACGAAUUCGAGGAAAAUGAGGAAGUAAAAAUAUGA